AUGGAACAUCUUGAUGGAUGGAUGGGCCGUGACGUCAGCAAAGAUUAUCGCGUUUUAGGCCAAAACAACGUCAAGAAAAUACAGGAUAGAGACUUCAACGAAAACGGGGAUUAUCUAUAUGGAAAGGAUUUACGUUUAAACGAUCAGGAUUACCGUGUAGCAAUUGAAGAUUAUCGUGUAAAUGAGCAACAUUGUCGAGCGUUGAACGAGAUUCAAGGAAUUAAUGACCAAUCAGGAGUCAUACAUUCGCACUUUAAUGGGCCAAUUCAUGUUCAUAUAUAUUUUCAUCAAGAUUUUUCUGGUAACUGUAUCAUAUUUAAAUCUGAAUUUGACUCACUGGAAAAUAUUGCCGUUAUGAAGAAAAAGGUUGUGGAACCAGCACGGCGUUCCCCCAGGGUCAGUCAAGAACGAGCCUCAAAUCAAUUUGAAAUGAUUACUCUGCCAGACUUAAGAAUUUAUCCAGCUGAUGAAGAAAGGAUAAAGGGUCCUAUCGAUGCAAACCCAAUAAACGAUGUUGGAGACGAUGCAAAUAAGAAAUUCAUGAAUUCCUUAGAAUUGCUUUCCAACGAAACUAAGAUGACGACGAGCGUUGUUCCAGUUGAAGCAUCUUCCCCACAAAGUUACAAGCAGAGAAUAUCAAAAUUUUCUUUGACGUCUGAUCGAAUACGAAAAGUUGUUCCAAAAAGAAUAACGACGAUGGCGUUUCAUCCAUGUUGUGAUAAAACAAUUGUAGCGGCUGGUGACAAUGCUGGAAACAUUGGUAUUUGGAAUGUGGACGCUAGCAAGGAAGAUGAUGACGUCAUCAUGUAUCGACCACACGCUGGUAACGUUAGACAAGUAUAUUUUCAUCCAUUGAGAAACAACAGUCUUUUUUCCUCGAGUGUCGAUGGCUCUUUGAGAUGAGCAGACUUCAAUGUUUGUACUUUUGAAGAAGUAACUUUGAAUAUACGAUAUUUGGUGCACUGCAAUAUCAGCAAUUUUUUGCCACUAGUUAUAUGACGUAAUCAAUUUAUUUAACGCGUAAUUGAAUUCGUUAUGUAGAUUUAUGCAACAGAUGAUCACGUGAUUAACGGUUUUUCGUGUCCUCUCAACUCGCGGAAUAUUUUUUU